AUGGCCAACGCGUCACUGGCGGAAAGCGAGGUCAGAGCUCAUCUGGCAGAUGUCGAGGCCAUUCUCAACUCGCGGCCUCUCACUCCACUCAGCUCCGAUCCCAACGAUGGCGAGGCUCUAACGCCGGGCCAUCUUCUAAUCGGGCAAGCCAUACGUUCGCUGCCGCAAGGAUCCGGUUUCCAGGGACGAAAAGAUUCAACGUCACUGAUAGAAGCGGCUGCUUCGGGUCAUUGUGACAUUGUCAUAGUGCUGCUCAAGAACAAUUUCAAUGUGAAUGCAAGUUGUGAAAAUGGGGAUACGGCGUUCAUGGUUGCCAGCGCGGGCGGUUAUGUUAAUGUGGUGAAUGCACUGCUAAGCCAUGGCGCCAACGUUAAGGAGCACAAUUUGAUUGAACAUACACCGCUGAUGAAGGCCGCAUGUGCCGGCCAUGUGGAAGUAGCCAAGGUUAGUAUCGAGUAUCGGCAGUAUCGGCAGUACUUCUCGAGCGUGGAGCCGGAAUCAACACCCGUUCAAUGUGUACAACGAGAGUGCAUUGUCAGUGGCUAG